CCACAAUCUGUUUAAUGAGCUGACGCGGAAAACUAGAACCGCAUCAGGUUUUUCUUCCCCCCUACAACCAGCAUGUAAAUAUUACUUCCCCGUGCUUUGCAAGGAUACUGCUAUUUAUGAUUUAAUGUUAGAAGCGGCUUAUUUAGAUGUGUCCCAGCGCUAGAACGCUUUAGUAGCAGCGGGGAGUUUGCUUGUCAGUGGCUUCAUUCUGUGUUGAUGAGUGAGAGUGUUGACUGAGAUGCUGUCCGCCGGUCCACAGCAGCUCCGACUGUUGUCCUGUGUCACUAUCCUUCUAUUUUUCCACGCCAUCGUCGCCAAAAAGGACUUAAAAAGCGCCUGCAGCACCUGUCGACAAAUCACUGAUAACUUCAACAAGGGUUUUGACAGAACAGCAAAGCAGAACUUUGGAGGAGGCAACACAGCCUGGGAGGAGAGGAAGCUUUCCAAAUAUGAGACAAGUGAGAUUCGCCUGGUGGAGAUUCUGGAGGAGCUGUGUGAGAGCAGCAGCUUCGAUUGUAAUCGUAUGGUAGAAGAAAACGAAGAGCUUUUUGAGACCUGGUGGUUCAAGAGGAAAACGAAAAACCCGGAUCUACACAAGUGGUUCUGCAUUGAAACUCUUAAAGUGUGCUGUCCGAAAGGAACCUUUGGGGCUGAUUGUACUGCCUGUGUCGGGGGAUCGGAGAAGCCCUGCCACGGAAGGGGAGUGUGCGACGGCGACGGGACACGCGGCGGGAACGGGAAGUGCAGCUGCGACCACGGUUACAAGGGAGACCUCUGCUUAGACUGCAUGGACGGGUUCUUCAGCGCCGAGCGAAACGACACCUUCUCUUUGUGCUCAGAAUGCCAUACAGCCUGUAAGACCUGCGACGGCCCAACCAGUCAAGAUUGUGACGAGUGCAAGGAGGGCUGGGAGGAAGAUGAUCAGGAGGCUUGUGUUGAUGUGAACGAGUGUGCCAAAGACCCUCCUCCGUGCAAAGAGAAUCAAUACUGCCUUAACUCUGAAGGCUCCUAUUCCUGCAAAACGUGUGAUAAAGCGUGUUCUGGCUGCUCUGGAGCCGGAUCCGAUAAAUGCCGGUCUUGUUCCGACGGGUACCGAGACGUGGAGGGGUCGUGCACAGACGUUGACGAGUGUUCUGAGUCUGAGGCGGUGUGCGCGCGAGAGCACCAGGAGUGUGUGAACAACCACGGCAGCUACACAUGCGUCUGCUCGGCAGGCUUCCACGAGCAAGACGGAGAAUGUGUUCAAGCACAACAGCAAGAUCCUACAGAAGAACCAGGAAGUCCUGAAGGGUCCGAAAAUUCCCACGAGGAACUUUGACGGCACAACUGAGGAGCAGCAGGAGCAAAUGAAAACUCUUCCUACAAAUCCAGCUGCUCUCAAACUCCAUCAAACUCCAGUUUUGGAUUAAAGGACAAACAACAAACGAGGAUGUUUUAUGCUUUAACACCACCCAUCUUCAUUUCUUGAAUGCUUUUACAAUUGUUUCAAUAAAGACAAAACAUGUUUAAUUUAAAUCAUG